CUGUCGACGUAAGGCCACUUCCAUCCCGGUAUUUCUAGUGGUUGACGCGUUCUCGACUUAGUGUCUCGCGAGAGCUCGCCCUCUCGGCGGGUUUCUGGCUCGUCGAGGAAAAUCUACGCGAGGAAGUCGCCCGUGGUGCGAGGAACUUCCCGGGGAGGAUGAGCGAGAGGAGGAGGUCGACUCUCCGGAGGAGAGAGUCGGCCGAAAGGAGACGCGCGGUGGCGGCCACUCAUCCCGGAACCACAUUUAGAACGAGCAGUAAUUUUGGAACGGCCGUGAAGUCGGAUUUGCCAUCCGAGAGCCGGCAUGAUUCUGGAACCAGUGGACGUCGCGGAACCGACUGCACGUAUCGGACGGACUUCCCGAACGGCGACGACCUAUCAGCCCCGAAAGUCACGAUGACGUCCCUAGACGAGAACGUGAAUCGCAUUCGGCGGGAGCAUAAAACGGCCGAGAGAUUUGAUGAACUCGGCAGGCGGGAGAGGAUAGAGAGGCUCUCGAUGGAUGACAAUGGGGCCGAUGGAGCCGAUGGGGAGGACUCCGGAAGACCCAUCCAAAUCGUCCUGGCACAACCUGACCACACCUUCGAGCUGGACGAGGAUGCCUUGGCCGAGAUCCUGUUGCAGGACGAUAUCAAGGACCGCAGCGUCGUCGUCGUUUCCGUCGCCGGCGCCUUCAGGAAGGGCAAGAGUUUCCUACUCGACUUCUUCCUCCGUUAUAUGAACUGCAAGUACGGCCAGGGCCUCGACACGGGGGAGUGGUUGGGCAGCGAAGAAGAGCCACUGAGAGGCUUUUCCUGGCGAGGGGGCUCGGAAAGGGACACCACGGGUAUCCUGAUGUGGUCGAAGAUCUUCCAAGGUACCCUGCCGAGUGGAGAAAAAGUCGCCAUUAUAUUAAUGGACACCCAGGGUGCGUUCGACAGCCAGUCCACGGUCAGAGACUGCGCCACCGUCUUCGCCCUGAGCACGAUGGUGUCCUCGGUACAAAUCUACAACCUCUCACAGAACAUCCAAGAGGACGACCUCCAGCACCUUCAGUUGUUCACCGAGUAUGGGAGGCUCGCCCUGGAGAAGUCGGGGAGCACGCCCUUCCAGAGGCUCCAGUUCUUGGUGAGGGAUUGGAGCUACCCUUAUGAGGCCGAGUACGGAGCCGAGGGAGGGAAGAAGAUCCUCCAGAGAAGGCUGGAAAUCUCCAACCGACAGCAUCCAGAACUGCAAAGCCUGAGGAAACACAUUACGUCGUGUUUCUCCGACAUAUCCUGCUAUCUGUUGCCUCAUCCUGGCCUCAAGAUCGCUACUAAUCCAAAAUUCGACGGAAGGCUCUCCGAAAUCGAGUCGGAAUUCAAGGAACAACUGAAGGUGUUAAUCCCCAUGCUCCUGGCACCUGAAAACCUGGUGACCAAAAAGAUCAAUGGUCAGGUCGUCUUGGCCAAAGAGUUGCUGGAGUACUUUAAGAGCUACAUCAAGAUCUAUAAGGGCGACGAGCUUCCGGAGCCCAAAAGCAUGCUUGUGGCUACAGCGGAAGCUAAUAACCUAUCGGCUGUGGCCGAAGCGAAGGACCUGUACCUCCAGAUGAUGGAAUGCGUUUGCGGAGGGACGAAACCCUUCCUGGCAACGGCACAUCUCGAGUCGGAGCAUCAGCGAUGCGUAGACAAGGCUCUUCAUCAAUUCCAAAAUAAGCGGAAAAUGGGAGGAGAGGAAUUCAGUCUGACCUACAUGGAGAAAUUACAGAAGGACAUGGACGAUGCAUAUCUCCAAUUCAAAGCUCACAACGAGAGCAAGAAUAUCUUCAAGGCGGCCCGAACCCCGGCAGUGUUUUUCGCGAUCGCUGUGACAAUGUACAUCCUCUCCGGGGUUUUCGGCCUCGUCGGUCUCUACACAUUUGCCAACAUCUGCAACCUCGUCAUGGGCAUCGGUCUGCUCACGUUGGUUCUGUGGGCGUACAUCAGGUACAGCGGGGAGUUUGCAGAGCUGGGCACGCAAAUAGACGAUCUAGCGAGCAUGUUAUGGGAAAAUUUCAUGAAGCCGCUCUACCAACAGUUCGUGGAGAAAUCGGUAUCAGUUGCCGUGGCACAGGCUGCUGGAAUGGCGACGAACACGACGUUAAAUGCCACAAUGACAGUCAAUGGCAAGCCUAAGUUGUCCUAAUACUAACCCCCCUAAUCCCCGAAAAGAAAGGAAAUACGAAAAAAAUAAAACUCCCCGAUGCUCAGGCACGAAGCUCAAAGAAAAAGGAGAGACUUCCGACGAUCCCGUUCGACUAUCAAGAGCGGUUUUGCGCGUUUUCGGCGUAGCUAAAUUAUAUAUCCGGACUUGUCGACUAUUUACGGUCUUCACAGGUCUUGACUAAUUGAGCAGACCACGAAUGAGGUAUUACAAUUUUUUUGGUGGUUUUUUUUUAUCAAUUUUUAUUUGGCGUCAGUGCUAAGUCACGUGGCUCAUGAUGCGUUAUAAACUCAAGAUGAUUGUGAUGUAUGUACAGUAUACCUCGAUUAAGGAUCAGUGUUAGAUUGUUGAAAAUCAUUAUUAUUACUGUCUAUGGUCAUUAAUAUAAUAUUGUUAUAAAAAUAAACUCUUGUACUUAAGAUUACGUCGUCAUUGUAGCACGAUCCAACGACGUUGCAUUGUCGUGAGGGAUAGACGCACACCUUUUGCUUUCAGGAGAGAGUGGCAUUGUUUUUUGAGAUUUUUAUUCUUUCUCUAUUUUUUCUUAUUGUUCUCUUCGAUCCUUUUAUUACUAAAUCAGAGCUUACAUGAGCGAGACGUGCCAGCUAAAAUGAAUAGCACCACGCGACUUCGGGCAUGCGGAAUAUUGUAAGAAAAGCUGCAUGCAGUGGUUCAUUUUUUAAAUUAGUAACUUGUAUAUGGAUUGCGACAGUGUAUACAAGGAAGGAGUCGCUAACAAUGCACGAUGACACUUCGAGCAUUUUGCGAAGUCGAUAUUGCGAUCAUCUUGCCGUAUUUCCGCAAAGCUUCUCGCAUCUCCGCAAAGCUUGCCGUAUUUCCGCACAGCAACUUGCUGUUGAUGUUUCCAUUAAUGGAAUCGGGUAAAUAAUGGUCAAUUUUUUUUAAUUUUUUUUUUUUUGCGGGCCGUUGGCGAUUCUCUGUGGGAUUCCUGCCUCGGCUGAAUUCGGCUUACUGCGAUAGAUUUUACUUCCUUAAGAGACAUAUUAUAUUUUAUUUUAUUUUACGCUUAAUGCCUGCGAUUGCACACUCGUUGCGUUGUUUUUGGAUGUGCUUCAAUCGGACGUAGGUUGGCGGUGGAGGAGGUGAAAAAGAAAAGAAAGAAAAGAAAAAAAAAACGAUAAAACAGAUUUCCACGGAGAGUUUUUAUUAUUACGUUUUAAGAGAACUAGGGGCAGCGAGGGUGUAGCUAGAAGUUAAGUAGUAAUCCACUCAUGCAAAGUGGCUAGAGCCGAGAGUAUAUUAUACCGAAAUAGCUGAAGACAUUUAACAAGUAACCGUUAGCAAUACGCGGAACUGCAAUAGCCCAUGUGUAAACGGCAAUUGAAUCAGGGAGAGAGUAAAAAGUAACGGAGCAUGGGGAGCUUCACUAACCGAUAGGCGACUAAUGGUACUCCAACAUCGCGGAAAUUAAAGCAAUUCGAAGAGGAACGAUAACGGAACGCCGUGGCCUCUGCGUUGUUCAAAUAUUUACGUAAGCGCGUUGAGUAAGGGAAUUCAAUAGAUUUUAAGGGAAGCCAUCUACGAAGAACAGCGAUUACGAGCCGACUUAAAAAGAUGGUUUUUCUUAAACGUCACGCCGAGAAGCUCAAUUUCGAUUUAAUUCUUUAGAGAGGUUCUGGUUCAUCCAGCUCGCUCUUUACGCACUCAAUGUCAAGAGACGUAUUUAUUAUAUAUUUUGGGUAGUCCUCGGUUUACCGAACGCGUGCGAACUUUAAUAAAUGAUGUGCCGUGCUCUCUCCGCGUUAUCGAACGGAGGCGCCAUUUUGUUAAGAUACCUCCCUAUGAAUAGUUUUGUAGUCAUUCCGAAACUCGACCGCUGCGGUCCGCCGUAAUCCGCUCAAACGUGAUUUCUACGAUUUGCUUCACUUAGCAAGGAGUGUAUCAGUAGAUAGCUCUUUUCGCGGCAAUCUGCUCAUGCAAUGUACUCAAAUGUAUCCUCGUAUUCGAGUCCAGAUAAGCUUCGCGUGAACGUUCCUUCGAAGUGCAAGUCGGCUGGCACUCGGCGACGAAAGUGCCAUUGACGAAAUCCUUAGUUAUUUGCAUUACACCGAUCGCCAUUGUUAUGUGAUCGUGUAACAUGGAAGUGCUUACGCGACGCCAUGUGAAUUUUUUAAGCCUCGUAACUGUUCGCCUCGUGAGAUGUAAACACUUUUUUGGUGGUUCGUUAAAUUGCAAUCCGGUAUGACAACGAUUAUCCAACUAGAAGAAAAGCAUCUUUUCCAGUGAAGAAUGUAAUAAAAAUCGUACGUGUAUUCACGCGUUAGGACACGCGUUACUUCAUGUCGAGGUAAAACGUUUGUCCAGGGUUAUUCGUCACAAUUUAUUUAGAGAUUCAUUUACUUCGUGUGAAGUGCUAAUCUAUAUAAUAAACUCGUUUACAUGAGAUCCAGCGACACGCAGAACAUAGCUAGAGAGGAAAUUAAUGAUUAU